AUGUCUGAAAUCGAGAUCCCGCCGUACUUCAUAUGCCCUAUAAGCCUCGAGAUCAUGAAGGACCCAGUCACGGUCCCCACCGGCAUAACCUACGACCGGGACGCCAUCGAGCGAUGGAUCUUCACCCGACCCGACCCGACAUGCCCCGUCACCAAGCAGCCCAUCGACCCGGCCCACGACCCCCUAAUCCCCAACAUCACCCUCCGUCGUCUCAUCCAAUCUUGGUGCACUCUCCACGCCCCCGACGGGUUCCAACGCAUCCCAACCCCCAAAGCCCCCUUCGGCAAGGCCGAGCUCUCGAAAAUCAUCGACCAAGCCCGAAGGAGAACCGCUGGCCCGCAAACCCGAAUCAAGUGCCUUCAAAACCUCCGGUCCAUCGCCUCGCAAAACCAAACUAACAAGAGGUGCAUGGAGUCGGCUGGGGCCCAUGAGUUCCUCGCCUCCCUAAUAAUCGAAAACGCCCCGCGAGCAUCGUCGGGCGCCGAAACAUCCGACGAUCUUUCGGAUUCGAGAAAAACAUGCGACGAGGCACUCGCCAUCCUCAGCGGGCUCGAGCUAUCUAACCCGGGCCUAAAAGCCCUCGCACGGCCAGAACUCGUCAUGUCGUUAACCCUCGUCAUGCGGCUCGGGAGCUACGAAUCCCGGGCCUACGCGAUCGCGCUACUCAGAUCGGUCCUCGAAGCGGCCGACGACUCGUCAUUGUUGACAAACCUACGUCCCGACCUCUUUAUCGAGCUACGCCACACUCUCGACGAUCAAGUGUCUCAAAAGGCCACCAAAGAAACCCUAAAAACCCUAAUAGUCGCGUGUCCGUGGGGUCGUAACCGUAUAAAAGCCGUCGAGUCCGGGCUCGUGCCAGUGCUCGUCGAGCUCUUGCUCGACUCCUUCGACAAGAGAGUAUGCGAGAUGAUGCUGACGGUCCUCGACCUUCUAUGCCAGUGCGCGGAGGGUCGGGCCGGGCUUUUGGGCCACGGCGCCGGCCUUGCGGUGGUGUCGAAGAAGAUACUUAGGGUUUCGGGGCACGCGAGCGAGAGAGCCGUGAGGAUCGUAAGCUCGGUCAGCAGAUUUUGCGCGGGCCCAGGGGUUCUGCACGAGAUGGUUCAAGUCGGGGUGGUGUCGAAGUUGUGCCUCGUCGUGCGGGUCGAUUGCGGGCUCAAGACGAAGGAGAGGGCCCGGGAGAUUUUGAGGAUGCAUUCGAAGGCGUGGAGGGAUUUGCCGUGCCUGCCGAGGGAUUUGGUUUCGUCGUCGUUGUGA